UUUUAUCACAUCAGGUUUAUAUGGUUUGAGAAAUUAAAAAGCUAAGCCUUAAACCCCCAACCCCUCUUUUCAACUCCUCAAUCAUCACCCCUUUCAAUUUGAUUAGGGUUCGGCACAUCUCAGUUUGAUCCAUUCAUAAACCACCGAAAAACAAGAGAUGCUGAAAUUCCUAUCAAGAGUGAAAAUCGAGUUCAAUGCACUCGAUCCACGAACCGCAUCAUGUAUGGAGUUUCUCGCUCAAUGCAACUCCCGAAAGGCCAAAGAAUCAAACCCUGCUUGUGAAGUUGAGGUGAAGCGCAAAAACGUGGAGCAUCCGCCGCAGAUCACCGUCACGUUCGUUAACGGCGUGGAAGAAGCUUUCGAUGCAACGUCGACGCCGGCGCACCAUAUAACUAAGAUGAUUCUGGAGAAAGGUCAGUUCCUUGAGACCGAACAGAUGUUCCGUGAAGCUGGAGAGCAGUGGCCUGUUAUUAUUCCUGAGGAAGAGAUCUCUCAAUAUGCUCCCGGCACAAAACCUAGGAAAGCAGAGGAGAAGAAGCAGUAGCAAAAUAAUAUUGUGUAUUACCUGCUGGGAAUUGUUCUGGGUUUUGUCCUAUUUCUUUUUGGGCAGUGAAUGUGGCAUCUGUUAUCUGAUUAUUAGUUCAAAAGUCAACUCAUGAGUGACCAAACGGUCUGGUAAUGAAUUUGUCUUAAAUUAGUUGAUUCACAUUAUCAAAGUAAUAUUAAUUAUAUUUUCCUUA